AUGAGUGACAGAGUGUUAUUGAAGGUGUAUUAUUUUGGUCAGAUUUUAUUACAAACAUCUGAAGGAGUAACAUUUGUUUGUGAAAAUCCGUUAGAUUUGGUGAUUCCUUUUACAAUCUCAUUUGAAGAGUUCAAGGGUGUGAUCUGUGAAAAGAUUCAUUCUGAGAGGGCAAGAAGGAUAUCAUGUAUUCUAUACAGAAAUUCUAUACAAGUGUUUGGUGGAUUCGUCCAGUUUCAAACGAAAUAUGUAACGGACGAAGCGAGCAUGCAAGAUAUGUUUUCCAUGUAUAUUGAAAAUCGGAGUCAACUCUCGUUCAUCGAGUUGUAUGUGGAGUUUGAGCAAUCUGAGGCCGACCGGAAUAUUCUACAGGAGGAUUACAACAGCGACAGUGAAGAAGAGUUCGAAAGCAACUACGAAAUUGUUAGUCCAGAUGGAGAUGAGGUUCCAGGUGACGGAGCUAUAGCUCCAGAUGUGUCUGAUGUGGCAACUGCUCUGGCAAACGAUGUGCCGUUUGAGGAGCCAUCAUUCAUGCGAGUUUUGGAUUUGGAAGCCAUGCAUGUUCCGGAGUUUCCGGAUUAUAUCAAUGCAGAAAUUUCUUUUGUCGCAGAUGGUGAAUUUGCCGUUGGGAUGGAAUUCAGUUCCAGAGAAGCUGUUAUUAAGGCGAUAAAAGAGUAUACUAUACGAAGAAGCGUAGAUUACCGGGUGUAUGAGUCUGAGCCGUUGACAUUUUAUGCGAAGUGUACACAGUAUGGGUCAGGGUGUGAUUGGCUUAUCCGGGUUAGCAUGAUCAGCCGGAAAUACUGUUGGAUUGUAAGGAGGUAUAAUGGCAGUCACACAUGUACUAGAGCAACAAUUUCUCAGGAUCAUUCUAAGCUGGAUUCGACCACGAUUGCAGAAGCAAUUAAGCCGUUGGUUGAGGCUGACCCCGCCUUAAAGGUAAAAUUGGUUAUAGCAGAGGUGCAAUCGAAGUUCAACUACACUGUUAGUUAUCGGAAAGCAUGGUUGGCUAAGCAAAAGGCAGUGGAAAAAAUAUUUGGAGGCUGGGAGGCAUCGUACGAAGCGUUGCCUAUAUGGUUUGAGGCCAUGUGUCACAAGGAGCCGUCAGCUGUUGUUCAUUUUGAGACUAUGCCUGCAUAUCAAGGCGAUGACUUGGUGACUGAUAUUCGAGUAUUGCAUCGUGUCUUUUGGAGUUAUUACCCCUGCAUUAGAGCUUUCAGACAUUGUAAGCCAGUUGUCCAGGUGGAUGGGACUCACUUGUAUGGAAAGUACAAGGGUUGUCUACUAGUGGCAGUGUCAGGAUGGCAACAACAAUAUCGUCCCAAUUGCGUUUGCAAUUGUGGAGGGAGAGACUUCAGAUGCGUGGCACUUUUUUCUGAGUAACCUUCGUCAGCACGUUGUC